AUGCCCGGCCUGCUCCCCUCUGUGCUGUGCAGCUGGACGGCCCUGGGGUCAACAGGCACAGGCCCCACCGACUUUUUCAGCUUGGCCAUUCCCCUCAACGCCUCUCCCAUCCUGGCCUUCCGCGACGGCGCCGCCGCCAACAAGACCAGCGUGAAGCAGUGGGGCGGCGGCGAAACCUGGGCCUUGCUGGGCGUGGCAGGGUUCAGCGGCGGCUCUGCACGCUACAUCUCCGCCGCCGCCAGCCCAGACUCGACCUUCCCCUUGGUGGUCGCAUACCAGGACGCCGCCGCCGCCUCCAAGCUGACAGCCAUGCGGUACGACUCCGCCGCCACCGGCUGGACCCCGGUGGGCAGCCCAGGCGCCUCAGAGGCGGCAGUGUCGGAUGUCUCCCUGCGCGUCGCCACCUCCAGCCACCGCACUGUGGCGGCGUACCGCGACGCCGCUGGCGGCGCUGAUGCCGCCACCGUGCAGAGCUUCAACGGCACGGCCUGGACCACGCUGGGCCUGCCUCGGUUUUCUGCUGGCCAGGCCUUCUACGUCAGCGUGGCCCUCGGCUCUGGCAACGGUGUGCAUGUGGCCUACCAGGACCGAAGCAACGGCGGCCGCGCCACAGUCAUGCGCUAUAAUGCCGCCGCCGCCACCUGGCUCCCCCUGGGCGGCGUUGCGGGCUUCACCUCCGCCGCCGUCUACUACACCAGGCACGGCGUGCUCUGCAGCAGCCCAGCUGUCGAGCAGCAUCCCCUGGCGCUGGACAAUCAAAAUGUGCCGUACCUGGCUUACGUCGAUGCCAGCGUGGGGCUGCGUGCCGUGGUGCGGCGCUACGUCUGCGGCACCUGGUCCCUGGUCGGCUCCGCCCCGCUGUCCCCCGGCAUCGCGCACUCCACCUCGCUGGCCCUGGCCUCCACCGGCCACCCCUGGGUGGCGUAUGUAAGCCAGUCGGAGGUUGGCUGGCUAGCAAGGUAUGAUGGCACAGCCUGGGUGCGGCAGCGCUUUUCCACUGGAACCGUCCACACCUCAAGUGAGAUCGCCACCCGGUUCAGCUUUGCGCUGGGCGCUGGCGACCAGCCGCACAUCGCGUUGCGAGACAGCGCCGACCCUGCGCACGUGGCGGUGCUACGCGGCUGGCAAGAUGUGGGGUCCCGCCCUCUGUGGGACACCGAAGUGGCCAACCUGAAGCUUGCGCUGGGGCAGGACACGCCGUACCUUGUGUUCAGAGACCUGUACACUCCCUUCAAGGCCACUGUGCUCACACACAACGGCACCGCGUGGGCGCCUGCUGGACAGCCCCAGCUCAGCCCCGGCACAGCCUACUAUCCCAGCAUCGCUGUCGCGCCCAACGGCAUCAUCUUCGUUUCCUUUGCUGAUGGCAGCCGGGGCGGCAAGGCAACUGUGAUGCAGCUGACCAGCCCCACGGGGACUUGGCAGUACGCUGGUACCGCCGGCUUUUCGGCCGGCACCGUGAGAUGGACCUCGGUGGCUGUCUCCGCAACCAAUGUGCCGUAUCUGGCAUACCAAGAUGCGUCGGCGGGCGACAAGGCGCAAGUCCGCUUCCUGUCGGGGUCCUCCUGGCUCACGCUCCCCAUCAUGGACACCAACCAGGGCACCUUCCACUUCUCUGUGGGCGAGGGGUGCUGCCUGCGGCGGCGGCGGUAG